AUGCCCACGUACUCUGGGAUCGGUGGUGUCAGCUUCACCAUUCCUAACGUAGAGCCCACAGCACCGAAAUUCUAUAAAUUCACAAAUCGCAGUCCGGUAUUUGCAUACUCAGAUGGAAAGACAAUCAUUAGCCAGCAGCUCGGAGAUGGGAGUCUGAAUGUAUUCAGCUGGUGCGUGCAGCUAGAAGUCUGGAGGGAGCAACUUACAUACAAGAAUGACAUAGAAGCUGUGAAAGCGGUAACUCUUCAGCCUUACAAGCGUUGGGACUCGUGGCCGCUUGACCUUGUACGCCGGGAAGAGGAUCCUUUCAUCCGGCUAUUCCCCAUGCUUCCUGUGGGGUGGGAAUGCACAAAUCGCGCAGAUGUGGCUUUGAUUGGGGAUGCAGCCCAUGUGAUGGCACCCUUUGCCGGUGAAGGUGUCAAUCUGGGCCUGCAGGAUGCGCUCAUGUUGUCUCGUGCUAUUGUCAACGCGUCGACUUCGCUGGACACAACCUCUAUGCUCCCAGCUGGGGUCAAGUAA